GCGGGGCUUGGUCUUCCAUGGUUCCUUCUUGUUGCUGCAGAGGAACUCUGUGUGCAGAGCAUUAACGAGACUCUGUAGUUGGAUCGCCCAGGAUGUGGGGCGCACGGUCCGAUUCUGCUCGGAGCCGUGCUGAUGGAAAUACAUUUGGGGGAAGCGAUCUGUCAGGAGCUGGCGCGUUGCUAUUUGCUGCGUGUGGACGUUAGAGGUGAUUAUGGCUUGAUCAAUGUUUGAAACGUUGCACGGUAAUUCAUUCGCCCCCGCUUUAGGGUGCUCGGAAGCGGGUUUUUUUUCAUUCUGGCUGGAUAGCGAAAAGGCUUGAAACGUUAUCAAGAUGGCAGCUGUACUUUGUAGUUUAUGUUAGGAAUAGAAUGAUUUGCUUUCAGGGUCUCUACAAUGUUACUUCUGAAUUUGUGGCAGCUAACGUAAAUGAAAACGUGAUCCUUGUGUAAUUGGCUAUCAGGGCGCUCGCUGUGAGCUCGCGGCUCCCUUGUGUGACUGCAUUCAGCGCUUUUAACGAGGAAUUGUACAGAAAGAAAUGCAAAUCGCUCCAGCUCUUAACGGGACACGUGGAGAUUAGUUCGAGGGCUGAAGAGAAGGUUUAGAUCCUUCUGGUGCAAAACCAAAACACAGCUAAUGCAUCUAAAUGCAUCUUAGCGCAACUUUGCAUUCAUGACCUGUCCGGAGUUUGAACAUGAGCACGUCAUGCAUUAGUUUUGUUCUACCACAAGAGCCAAAUGUAAAGUUAGAGCCGUCCUUCACAGAUAUACUCCCUUAGAGAUCCGUCUAUUGAUGGAAUGCAGGACGACACUCCAACCGCCAAGGAACUGUGUCGAAGACCAUAAGCGCACAAAGUGUUCAUUGGGGGAAACAUGGCACAGGCUAGUAGCGAGGAGAAGAAACCUCCCACAGGAGACGUUGACAUAGAUCCGGACUUCGAGCCUCAGAAAAGGCCGAGGUCCUGCACAUGGCCUUUGCCUAGACCGGAGUGUAGCACUGGGAAGCCUGAGGCGAGCGAGGCGGACAUUAUUCCCGAGGAGGAAGACGACGAGAGUGGCCCUGAUCGUCGUGUGGACGACACCAACACGCACACAGGAGAGCAAUCAAGCUACACACGAGCUAAACAGAGCCACAACUCUGGUCCUCCUGGACCAACAUUAAAUACAACUUGUAAUGACAAGGACAGUGACGGUUCUCCUUCUCCCAGCGCCUCCCAAGCGCUGGCCGCUGCAGCUACCGACUCGGGCAUUACUACCCUCUCACUCCAGCAGCCCAGAAAAUCAUCCGCACGCAGAAAUGCAUGGGGAAAUUACUCAUAUGCUGAUUUAAUCACCCAGGCUAUCGAGAGCUCCCCAGAGAAAAGGCUGACUUUGGCCCAGAUCUAUGACUGGAUGGUCAGAUCUGUGCCAUACUUCAAGGACAAAGGUGACAGCAACAGCUCUGCGGGCUGGAAGAACUCCAUACGACACAACCUGUCCCUCCACAGUCGGUUUGUCCGAGUGCAAAAUGAAGGGACGGGCAAGAGUUCGUGGUGGAUGGUCAACCCAGAUGGAGGGAAAGGUGGCAAAGUACCCCGAAGACGUGCUGUUUCCAUGGACAAUAGCAAUAAGCUAAUUAAGAGUGCCCGUGGCCGCGCUGCUAAGAAGAAAGCUGCUCUCCAAGCUGCUCAGGAUGGAAGCUCGGAGAGCUCCUCCAGUCUGUCCAAAUGGACUGGGAGUCCCACGUCCCGCAGCAGUGAUGAGCUAGAUGCCUGGACAGACUUCCGCUCCCGCACUAAUUCCAAUGCCAGCACCAUAAGUGGCCGACUGUCUCCUAUCUUGGCCAACUUGGAAGUGGAUGAGGUUGCUGAUGAUGACUCUCCCCUCUCUCCCAUGUUGUACUCUAGUCCCAGCAGCAUGUCUCCUUCCACUGGCCUGACUGAGCUGCCGCGCCUUGCUGAUCUUGCAGGUACUAUGAAUCUCAAUGAUGGCCUCUCAGACAACCUAAUGGAUGACUUGCUUGAUAACAUCAGUUUAACAGCUUCACAGUCUCCAGGCCAAGAUGAUAAUAGUGCCAGUGAACAAGGAAGCCCCGUGUUUACCUUCAGCUGCUCUGGCAGCAGUCUUGGGGUUCCCAACUCCAUGUUUAGUCCAUUGUCUGUCACCAGCCUGCGCCAGUCCCCCAUGCAAACAAUUCAGGAGAACAAGCAGGCCACCUUUACUUGUGGUUCCCACUUUGGGAAGCAAAGUUUACAGGAUAUGCUCAGCUCUGAGCCUCAUGACCACAGUGAUGUCCUACUGACCCAGUCUGACCCAUUGAUGUCGCAAGCCAGUGCCUCCAUCUCCUCUCAGAGCUCCCGCCGCAGUGGACAAGCUGGGCCUGGGGGGCAAGUGGGACUCAAGAAGGUCUCACUGUCUGGAUGGCGAAUGAAUGGAGUCUUGGGGUCAACAAGUGAGUCAGACUACCAAAGCCUGAUCAAACAGCAUCUUCAACAGUCUCCGUCCAGGAGCACAUCUAUGCAGCUCAGCUCAUCUGACUCCUUGUUGUCAGGUGUCAAUGGUAUCAUGCCCUGUGUACAGUCAUCAACUCAGGAUCGAUUCUCCACUGAUCUUGACCUUGACGAUUUCAGCGGUAACCUUGAUUGUGACAUGGACAUAUACAUGCGGAAUGACCUGAUGGACGCAGAUGACCUGGAAUUCAGCUUUGAUUCUCAUCUCUUUUUCCAUCAAAAUGCGAAUAUGAAUUCAGGGAGUAUGUCAAAUACCAAACAAACCUCAUCCCAAAGCUGGGUACCAAGCUGAUCAGCUCAGCACAUGGAAUGUGUAGUGAUGGGGCAGAACAAAGCUUUAUAAACUGUCCCAACUUUUUAAACACUGUCCUGUGUAAAGGACAUGUAUAAUAAUCUGACAACUACAGAUUACAGUCAGCUAAAUUAAAUUUACUAACACUUUUGAUGAUUUAAUGGUUUUGUCAACAAAAGUAGUGAAUUGUGAUGAACAUACGCUUGUAUAUGAUGAGGUUUAUGAAAUUGAUUUUGUAGUUUGACAACAACAAGGUUGAAAGCCUGAAAGGACUGAACUAAAGAAAACUAAUGAAGCUGGAAAUGUGUUUGGUGUUUUUACUUAAUAAAAAUGAAGUCCCUAAUUCCUUAAUCUACUCAAAGAACUAGGCCUAGAGAAGUAUUUCACCGUUACAUUUAGAUUAUCUGUAACCAUAGUUUAGGUGAUGUUCAUAUUGCUGGUACUCACAUUGAUAGAAACACAUGCAUUCUGCCAAACUAGUAAUCAUUUAAUAGACCAUUUAGUUGGCCUGUUUACACCAUAGACUAGAGAAUGGUACUGUUUUUUGUCUUCAAAAUUGACAUGGGAAUGUCUUGUGCAGCCUUUAUGUUAAUCUUUUAAACCAGAAAAAGGGAAGAAAAGUAAUUGUGUGAUGUAUCCAUUACUCCUUUCACAGAACAGCGAAAUAAGACCAGCUAAUGAGCUAUUAAAUGUGAUGCUUCAAAAUCUGUUCCUUCUCUGGUGUAAGGCAUUAAUGCUCUUUUUAAACUGUCAAAGGGGUGCAUUUAAUUGAGUACUUGAUCCUACCAAUUGUUCUAACACCUCCAUCCUAGUUUUCUGUGAUGUGUACACUAUUUAUUGUAGAAGUAAGAAACUUUACAAAUACUUACGGAUUAUUAGAGCAUCAAUUGCCACUACAUUUUUGUGUAUAGUUGGAAAACCACCAUUUAUAAGCUUUUAGGGCUACAAUGGCACACUUUUAGCCUUUGUACAUAUCUGCACACUCUGUGGUGCUCUGAAGAGCAUUGUUUUUGCUCUUAUGGCAAUAUGCAGCAAGGAACUUCACUUUGCAUGCAAGAAGCAGACCCAUUUUAGUAUUAUAGCUGCAAUCGGUGUAGGUUAGUUUGCUUACAUGGACUGUAUUUUACCUAGUUUGUUGAACUUGCAAAGCAAAUUAGCUGAUUAACAGUGAGCCUACUAUUUUGUAUGUUUAGUAGUAGUGCCAUUUAGAGACCCCUGUCACUUGGCAAACUUGCAAGUGUUACGUUAUCAUGGUUGAAUUCAAUUUUGUACCCACAACUUCAACAUCUCAAGCACCAGUGUGCAGUCUUUUUAUGAGUAAUGUUGAGUUAAGGUGGUCUUCAUUGUUUACAUAAACCCAUUGUGCUAAUAAAACCAAGAGUAUUGUACAUUGCUGUCCUGAUAAUGGAGUAUUUAUUUUAAAAUAUUAACUAUGGAAGUGUAUCCUGAUUUCAUGGUAUUAUUAAGGCAUCAGUAGGAAAUGCAGUUGAAUGCAAAGGAGAAAAGAAGUUUUAUGUUACACAUGCCCUAUAAACCAACAGACGAGUUGAGUGUUUGCUAGAAUAACAAUGUGCAUUGGAUGAUUUAGGUAGUAGACUGGGAUGGGAUAGUGCAUGUAAAUAAAGCUUUGCACAGUA